UACACAACACACAGCACAGCAAUCAGCGUCAGUUAUAGUCUAUCGUUCAAUUUACGUAAUUCUCUGCUCGCAAGUAUCAAACGCCGAUAAUAAAGAUGAAUUUCACCGGUAAAGUUAUUCUAAUCACCGGAGCUAGCAGCGGAAUCGGUGCUGCCACGGCAAUCAAACUGUCCAAGUUGGGUGCUUCCCUCGCUCUGACCGGUCGUAAGGUGGACAAUCUGAACAAUGUUGCCAAGGAAUGCACGGCGGGAGCGGCUGCACCCCUUAUUAUCCCUGGUGACAUCAGCCAGGAGGCCGACACGGAGCGGAUCCUCAAGACGACGAUUGAAAAGUUUGGAAAGUUGGACGUGCUGGUGAACAAUGCGGGUAUCAUCGAAACCGGAACGAUCGAGACUACCAGUCUGGAGCAGUUUGAUCGAGUGAUGAACACCAACAUCCGAUCGAUCUAUCAUUUGACGAUGCUGGCCGUGCCGCAUCUGAUCAAAUCGCAGGGAAAUGUAGUCAACGUGUCCAGCGUGAACGGAAUCCGCUCGUUCCCGGGAGUGCUGGCGUACAACAUUUCGAAGAUGUCGGUCGAUCAGUUCACCCGUUGCGUAGCGCUGGAACUGGCAGCCAAGAACGUUCGGGUCAAUUGCGUGAACCCGGGAGUAACGGUAACGAAUCUGCACAAGCGCGGCGGGAUGGAUGAGGAAACGUACAAGAAGUUUUUGGAACACUCCAAGAAUACGCACGCCAUGGGCCGUCCCGGCCAGGCAACCGAGGUGGCCGAUGCGAUCGUAUUUUUGGCCAGCGAUGCUGCUUCGUUCAUUACCGGGGCGAGCUUACCGAUCGAUGGUGGACGUCAUGCGAUGUGCCCACGAUAAGCGAAAGCGAUGA